AGUGUCUCUUGACAGGAGUGGGUGAGAACCUGAAGUACAAGGAAUAAGCAGCCUGACAAACCUAGAACUAACCAGCCAGCCGUGGUGUUGCUUGGAGUUAUGACUACCCUGAUGGGAUCCUACAGCUGGACAGAGGGCCUGGACUGCUCCCCCAUUGAUGAAGACCUCUCGGACGGGCUGUCCCCGCACAGGUCUCCCCGAGAGAAGGGCUCCGAGACCCGCAUCAGGAGACCCAUGAACGCCUUUAUGGUGUGGGCUAAGGACGAGCGGAAAAGGCUAGCUGUACAGAAUCCGGACCUGCACAAUGCGGAGCUCAGCAAGAUGCUCGGGAAAUCCUGGAAAGCCCUCUCUCCGGCCCAAAAGAGACCAUACGUAGAGGAGGCAGAAAGACUGAGGGUCCAGCAUAUGCAAGAUUAUCCCAACUACAAGUAUCGGCCAAGGAGAAAGAAGCAAAUUAAGAGGAUCUGCAAGCGGGUAGACACUGGCUUUCUGCUCAGCAGCCUGUCGAGGGAUCAGAAUUCCGUGCCGGACACAAGGGGGUGUAGGACGGCCGUGGAGAAAGAGGAGAAUGGCGGCUACCCUGGAUCUGCUCUGCCAGAUAUGAGACAUUACAGAGAGACUCCGAGCAAUGGGAGCAAACACGACCAAACUUACCCCUAUGGGCUGCCGACCCCACCUGAGAUGUCCCCGUUGGAAGCUAUUGACCAAGAUCAGAGUUUUUAUUCGACCCCAUGCUCUGAAGAUUGCCAUCCCCAUAUCAAUGGAGCCGUCUAUGAAUACAGCAGCCGAAGCCCCAUCCUCUGCAGUCACCUUAGCCAGGUGCCCAUUCCCCAAACUGGGUCAUCGAUGAUUCCACCAGUACCCAACUGCCCCCCAGCCUACUACAGCUCAACUUAUCAUUCCAUCCAUCACAACUACCAUGCCCACCUUGGCCAGCUCUCCCCUCCCCCUGAGCAUCCCCAUUACGACGCCAUUGACCAGAUUAGUCAAGCGGAACUUCUUGGCGACAUGGACAGAAAUGAAUUUGACCAAUAUUUAAAUACCUCGCUACAUGAUCCAAGUGAAAUGACAAUCCACGGACAUGUCCAGGUCUCACAAGCAUCAGAUAUUCAGCCCUCAGAAACCAGUCUUAUCUCGGUCUUAGCAGAUGCAACGGCCACAUACUACAACAGUUAUAGUGUUUCUUAGGACCCGGAGAAGAUCGGGUCUGGGACAGAGCAAGCAGUAUUAUUUUGGAAUGAAUCCUGUACUAAGCUAAGGACUGCACUUCCUCAGGGUUACCAAAUCAGACUGAUACUGGCAAAUUCAGGCUUCUCAUUGGGCAGGGGUGGGGGGUGGGUGGAAUCCUUCUUCAAACAAUAUUAAACUGAUCUGGUCCAUUGUUACAUAUAGUAAAGGAAAAUCCUGUAUAUAAAAGUAAUUGUGUGCUUAUAUCUGGGGAAACAUAAUACCAUUGAAUCAGAAAAUCGUUGUUUUGAUUUCCAUUUUGUACAGCAAUUGUCCUGUACACGUCUGCUUUUUCUCCUUUAUGGAUUUUUAUUAUUUUUUGGUGAGAACUAUAAAUGGUAGACUCCUGAAUUUGAAAUUAUUCCUGAAUGUAGAUUUUAGAAGGAUAUAUGUAGCACACCCUCACUAAAACACUCACUGUUUGUUUACACGCGAAUAUGCAUUCACUCUGGGUUUUACUCCAGAACACCGGUUUCAUAUAAAAUGUAUUGUAACGAAGGGGGAAAAUGUAAACGAUUGUCUCAAUCACUUUUUAUUUAUUUUUUUCUUUAGGAAUGGAGUUGGUUUUGUUAGAAUAUGUGGAAUAAUUAACCAGAUUGUCGCUGUCUGCCAUUUUAAUCAUGUUGUAUUAAAACUUUAGUGGAGAUGGUUUGCAGUCCUGGGAAUGUAUUAGUAAUACUAAUAAUCAUUAUUCUGUAAAAAAAAAAAAAUUACCAGUAUAUCUACAUUUUUCUUUGCAUUUGACAUUGAUGUACAUAUGAGUUUCCCUAAGUAUUUAAUUUAAAUAAAUACUGGAUUGUUUUUAUAUAGUAAA